CUUCCGACGAGAAAGGGGCGACAGAGCAAAGGAUAUUUUGGGAGGGAAUCGAAAAUGGCAUGGAGUUGCAAUCCUUGCUUUGAUUCUUCUCCUUCCAUUUCCAUUGCAACAAUUUUGAGCUGUAGUUCUAAAAAUCCCGGAAGGCAUCUGCUGAAUUUGAAAACCAGAAACUGGACUAAUUCAUCAUCGAAAUCAGCUUGUUAUCUUCAUUCCCACCCUGUCAACAAAUUUGCAUUCAAGUUUCGGAAGAAUUUCAGGACAAAAGCUACAGAAUCUGAAGUUGAAGUUGGGCCGAUUACAAAAUCAACUGAAGGACAAGAAUUGGACUGUGUGGGGACUGGGCAAGAUGUUGAGUGCGUUUUCCCGACUUCAAAUCCUAGUUCUAAGGCUUCCUUUGAUAAAGCCACUGAAAAGCUUGACGUUGAAUCAUCAUCACUGCCAUUGGAGGGAUUGCUGGGGGGUGUGUGGGAAUGGGGUUUGUUAAUUUCGCCUUUUUUCUUCUGGGGUACGGCUAUGGUGGCCAUGAAAGAAGUUUUGCCCAAAGCUGGUCUUUUCUUUGUGUCUUCCUUUAGGUUAGUUCCAUCUGGUUUGCUAUUGGUGGGUUUUGCUGCUCUUAGAGGAAGGAAGUUUCCUUCUGGAUUUAAUGCUUGGUUUUCUAUAUGUCUGUUUGCUCUUGUUGAUGCUGCUUGCUUUCAGGGAUUUCUGGCCGAGGGAUUGGAGAAGACCUCUGCUGGUUUAGGCAGUGUAAUAAUUGAUUCACAGCCUCUGACUGUCGCGAUCCUUGCUUCUCUGCUCUUUGGUGAAUCCAUUGGGUUUAUUGGAGCUGCUGGUCUUGUGCUUGGUGUAAUUGGCCUUCUCCUUCUGGAGGUACCGGCGGUUUCUUUUGAUGAGAGUAAUUUCUCUUUAUGGGGAAGUGGCGAAUGGUGGAUGCUUCUAGCUGCUCAGAGUAUGGCUGUUGGCACAGUUAUGGUUCGCUGGGUUACUAAAUUCUCAGAUCCUGUGAUGGCUACUGGAUGGCACAUGGUUAUCGGCGGUCUCCCACUUUUGGCAAUUUCCGUUCUAAACCGUGAUCCUGCACUCAGUGGUAGUUUCGGGGAGCUUUCUACUAAUGAUCUUCUGGCUCUUCUUUACACCUCAAUUUUUGGAAGUGCAAUAAGCUAUGGUGUAUUCUUCUACAACGCCACAAGAGGCAGCCUAACAAAACUCAGUUCUCUUACCUUUUUGACUCCUAUGUUUGCUUCAAUUUUUGGUUUCCUAUACCUGGAUGAGACCUUCACGCCCAUACAACUUGUUGGAGCGCUGGUGACUGUGGCAGCGAUUUUUAUGGUUAAUUACAAGACCGCUGAAGAAUAAGGACUUUCUUGGAAUAAAUGCAAUAAAUGAGAACCACUGGAUGUUGCAUUCUUGUAAAUAGAGAGAGGGAUGCACCAGCCAGCAGUACUGGAUCCUGCUGCGGAUGCUGAAGAGGGAUAGGAAAAAAGCUGCAGGGUUGGUUCCUGGAAAUGUUCAUGAUACUAGUUAUUUAACUAGAUUAUCUUGCUGUAAGUAGAGGUUCCAUUCAGGUUUAGUGAUACAGUAGGAUUAGAUUUACCGGGCUGUGCGGAUAUCUGAAGAUAUCCUUGUCCCUUGAAGUGGGUAUAUGUGUUAUUCCAUGAAAUGGAUCGACUUUUUAAAGAUUAUGCAUACAGAAGAGAUCAUUUUCCCAAAUAUUACAUAAAUUGAAAAUAAGUACAAUAGAAGAACCUUUCUCUUAAGGUUUUGGAAACAACAGAAUCGCUCAAGCAAAACAAUUCUCUGAACAAGAACUCUGGGGACAAGGUUGCAACUAGUAACAUUGCAACAGUUUUUUUUUUUUUAUUCUUUUUCGUACUACAACCACUGAAUGGAUGAUAAAAACUAUGUUGAAGCAGCAGCAGCAGCAGUAGUCAUAGAAUGGAAUCCCCUUGAUCCAAUUCGACCCCUUCCGAUACCAUUAUGUUGUUGCUCGGUAUCCCUCUUAUUGCCAUUCAAUCUUCUUCCAGCUUCUUCAGCAUCAUGAGCCGACUCAGAAAUGGCAAGUCUGUCCAAUCUCAAUGGACUGAGUUUUUCUUCCCUAAUAUUUCUCCUAGAGGAAGCCCAGCUAUCAAUUGAUUCAGCUGAAUUAGGCUCCCAUGAGGAUUGCGAAACCCAUUGCUGAUGGCCACCCGCAAAGCUGUUGCUACCUGACGAUUCUUGAUCUUCCAAGUCAUCUACACCUGCAGUACCCCCCCUUCUCAUGGUAACAUACUUCUGAAAAGUUGGUUCCAUUAGAUCAUCAUUUACAACUACUUCAGAUUGCACAAAAGGAUCUUUGGUAUCUAAUCCCUUUUUUCCAAUUGGUCGAUUUCCGAAUGAAGUAUUUUCAUAGUACUUGUUGAACUCUGCACUUGGAACUCGCUUUUUGUCAUCUGAAUACAUACUUGACAGAUUCGAGCCGGAGCUUGAGUUGAGGUCUGCAACUGCUUCAAGGAUAGAGCAAGCUUUGGUGAGGCAAGGUGGGAAUGUAACUGCAGGGGCAGUAGUAUUCUUCUGGUGAAAGUUCUGUAUAUCUUCCAGCAACAAUGCAGUGUAGGAUGGUGAAGUACUGGACAAUGUCUCAGGAUUGAUGUCAAAGUCACGAGACAACCGGGAAGAUCUGCUUCUUGCUACUGCCUGAGGCUUUAGGCAAUCAGGUCCUGAGGGAGCAACCACAUUGACUCCAAGAUUGUUGGAGCUCACUGCAUUAACUUUGUUGCUACUAAGUUUGUUUUCAGUCCCUUGAACCAACACUUUAGUAUUAGCUAAAAGAUCAGCAUUUUGCUUCUGAAUGGGAGCCUGUUUACAUAAUUUCCAGAAUCUCGAAUCAGUUCCAAUCAAGUGGCACGUAUUUCAGUCAACAAUGGCAUGAAUGAUAAAACAAUUUCAUCACACUAAUAAAGUAUUAAAAGUGCUUAAUUAGCAAUAUGAAGAUAACCAUACCUGAUGAACAAUGUUGUUGGAAGCUUUUGUUGCAGGGAUCUGCUCACUGACAACGUUGGUGUCAAUCUCACUCAAGGGAUUUCUCCUGAAGGGAGAAAUUUCCGCCUUCCUGGAAUUGCUUCGACUGAGUGACCCCGGCUGCUGUUGCUGGUUUUCAUUCAGAACCUUAAUAUUGGUCCUCGCCGGCGAAUUAGUCCUUGCCGGAGAACGAGCACGGGGAGACGCAGCUCCGGCGUUCCUCUUUACUUGAAUCCUCUUAACAGCUGAAGCUGAUAUGUUUUCCGGCCCUCCUGCAUUGUUGCUCUUGUCCAUAGCCAAAGAUGAAACAGUAGCCGGAACAGAGACCAUUUUUCCUGGCCUAACACUAGCAUUAUUACCGUUCCCGGAGGAUAUAUUUCCGGCAGCUGAAACACCACUCGGUGACUCCGAUCUCCGACCCGGGGAUCUACUGACUCUUCUCCCACUUCCACCACUAGUACCCCUUUCUCUGCUCCCUGACCUUGCCGGCUGACCCUGUUCCCUUUCUCUACUCGGCGUCCUCCUCCUCCCCUUUGACGGUGAACCAACCGUCCUACUCGACGGUCUCUGACGCUGCCGGUGGCGGUGGGACCUCUCUCCGCCCAACCCAAUUUCAUCAUCAACAACACCAUUACCAUCAUAACCAUCAUUAGCCCCAUUAAUGCCUUUCUUUUUCUCCACUUCCCUUCCCGCAUUUCCAUUUUCACUGUCAAAAUCAUAGCUCCUUUUUGAACCAGCAUACUUCCUGCCCUUCUGGGUACUCCCGUUGUUGUCCCCAGAUCCAACAGAACCUGAAAAAUUAGCCUUUCCGGUGGAAGAGCUUCUGCUGAGCCUCCCACAUUGAAUCAAAAUAGCAUCCACUUCUUCUUUAGUACAGCUAGAAGUCCUCACCGGAGCCGCCGCCACAAAUAUCCCUCCAUUCAAUCCACCGUUACUAUUAUCCGACCCGAUUUUCCCGGAUUCAGCUUUUUCCGGCGCCUUUUUCACAUCCCCGGAUUCAUCCUCGGACUUUCUCUCAACAUCGUGGCUCUUCCUGUGCUUAAUGAUGAAUAUCUCUUUCUUCACCGGUUCUUCAUCAAGUUUCUUUCUUUCCACCUGGGUUGUUGAAGAAUUGACUUGGUGGGGCGGUUUCGGAGGUGCAGACGCCGGACAAGAAGAACAAGUGCUCUUCUUGCUCAAACAACCACCCAUUUUCACUGAAACAAAACAAGCAAGAAAAAAAAUGGGAUCUUUUUCUUACAGAUUAAAAGGAAAGAAAGGGAAACGGAAAUGGAAAUUGAAAAAGGGGAGAUUUUGAAAAUCUUGUAACGGUUGGGAAGAGAAAGGAGGGGGAAAAAAGGUUGCGCAGUAAUCAAGAAAAACAAAUCUGUUUUAAAUUACCCCAAGUUGGGUCGUCUCUGGUAAAAAGGGGAGGGGAAGAAAGAUUUCAAAUUUUGGAGAGAUUGAAGAGGAUAGAGCCGUUAAAACAGAGACAGACAGGAGUUGGUGUUGUUUUUUGAAACUAGGAAUAUAUCAAUCUCUCAGAAACCAUAAUAUUA